AUGAUAGUGAUCAUUCAACAUUUGUUAAAUUGUAAUAAUAUUAAACACUAUUCAACAACCUCUAAUCAAUCACCUCUACAACAAGCAACAGAAUCGUCGUCAACAAAUAACAGUGAUCAUACUAAAUCAAAUGGUCAGGAAAAUAAUAAUUCUGACAAUGAAAAUGAAAAGAAAUCUAAUUUUGCACUGAUGAAGAAUGUAGCUCUUAUUUGUAGUAUCAUUGGUGUGGGAUACUAUGCUAAAACAAACGACAGUCUGAUAAAUAGUCUGGUUUUAUUCGAAGACAAUAUGUGGGAUGUGCAAGACUACUAUGCAAAACUAAAGUCGGAUCAACAACAGCAACAGCAACAACAACAACAACCUGGUAAUGUUGUCAAAGAGCAGUUCACUUAUCAAAAAAAUUCUCUCAACAAGUUUACAGAUAUAUGCAAUGAGAAAGAGUGGGAUGUCGUAACUCAAGCUUUGAAAUCACCAGAAUUCAUCAACCUAUUCAAUGAGAUUAUGGGCAACUACCUGUUGAGAUGCGAACUACUCGACCAAUUUCAACUCUAUAAGCUGGUGGUUGCAAUCAAGAGAUUGGACUCUGCACUCAACAAUAUUGAAGACUUGGACCAAGUCGAUGAGAAAACAGGUGUUGUUUUCAAUGAUGUUAGAAUCGCUCGUAAUACGCUGAUGGUGGUGCUUGACAAAAUUACUUGGUAUGAUAUACCUAUAAAGAUUCGUUACCAAAGUGAUUACCUCAGUGAAAUCGAAAGAGGUAAGCAAGAUCCCGACACCUCCAAUGAAUGUAAUAAAUUUCUUCGUCGUCUCGAAGUGAAAAUCUAUCAGAGAGAAUACGAUGAUAUGUUGAAUGGCAGAAAAGUGAAGACUUUGUUCAAAAAUAGAAAAGUUUAUUAA